GAAAAAUGUGAGGCUAUGUUUUUGUUUCAUUAAAUUUUUCUCAAAAUGAGUAAUUUUCGUCUUGAAUAAUUAUCCUUGAAAAAUUGUUUUGUUACCCACCAAUACAUUUAAGUUUGUAAAAUCUGUUAAAUUAUGGCGUGUUAAGUGUAUUAAUGUACAACUGUUCCGUGCGAGAAUUUUUCCAUUCGAUCUCAAAGUUGUUCCCGUAGACAUAACCUUACAGUGAAGCAGCGCAAUCAUCAUAAUAUUGAUAGAAUAUGAAAUUCCAAGCAAAUUAGUUGUCAGGAAGGUGAGUCGAAUGCAAACGAUGCCGGAGGUUUGGAUCCCAAGGGACAAGCGAAGAUGAGGGGGGAUCGAUUGAAUUUUGAGGACACUCCGUUGAAAAGUCGCUCCAAUGCAACCUACAGAAACAAACGUAUUACGAGCUUGGAACAAUUCGUCCAGCAGAUACCACCGUCACUCCUGCGCAAGACCUCUUCACAAAAGCCCGCACUGAGGCAGGAUGAGAGGGACUUAGAUGUAAGAACCGAAAAUAGUCGGGGCGAUGCCAGAGGUGGAAAUGGUACACUGUUCCUGCAAGGCCUCUCGAGCCUGAAAGCUAAUUUGAAGAACAGAUCACAGCUUACGGAGAAACCAGUAUCAGGCAGUGUAUUAAAGUGUCCUCUAUCCUCCUCCGGUGUGCUCAGUGAAGGAAAUCAAAAGAGAAAAAAAGAUGACACCGCGCGACUCUCAUAUCCUAAGAGGAGAAUACAUGAAAGAAAAAAUGCCGGCGAAAAAAUCACAACAUCGAAAAGCACUUCUAGUAUGGUCAAGGAAAUGCUGCCACCUUGCCCCCUCGUGACAUCUGGAAGUCAAACAGGGAGUGUAAGAAGCAAGUCUUUUUCUCACUCUUGUUAUCUUCCCGAUCCGUCAGAUGGCUCUGAAAUAGAUGCAAUUUUGGCGAGGUUGUUGAAAGAGAAAGAGAAGCGACUCUUGAUGGAAAACUGUGUGGAGGGGCUGAAGAUUGGCGUCUCCUUGAAUCAGCAGGAAGUCAAGUCUUUGAUCCAGUCGAAGAAGAAAGCUUACACUGUGGCAAAGCUUCUCAAAAAAAAGUUUGAGAAAGCGCACACCACGAACAAAGAGGCACUGAAAAGGGUCAAAGCUUUAAAGAUAGAAAAGGCCGAGUUGGCCGAGAAGCUGAAAUCCAAGGAGGAGAGACUGAUUACUCUGGAGAAUGAGGUUUCGCAGCUGCGCACGACCGGUCAGAUCUCCUCCAUGUCCUCAGCGGUGUUCAAAAUCAGGGAAAAGAACCUACUUCAAGUGAGCCGUGAAAACGAGAAACUCAGCAAGGCAAAUAUUGACCAGUCAAAGGAGCUCUCUGAAGAGAGGCAGAAGAAGAAAGAGGCAGAGCUGAGAUUAGCUGAAGCAAUGAGAGAGGUCAAACAGUUGAAGGCCGAGCUCGAAAAGAAGACAGAGGAGCUCGAAGCCGCCAGAGUGGAAGACAAUGACAGAGAUACGAACUCCAAAAUCCUAGAAUCAACUAAAGACCGAGAGGCUGGACUCAAGAGGAGGAUCAAUAUUCUGACGGCUCUCGAAUCCAGGCAGAGGACGACCGUGAGUGAACUGAAAGGCAAGCUGGAAGAAAUGCAAGAAACGAGCUCAGAAAUGAGAGCAAAGUUUGAGGGUGAAAUAGCCCGUUUGCAGGGAGAAAUAAACAUGCACAAGGAUGUCCUUAAAGAGGAGAGGACAGAGAGGGAGAAACUGAAAACUCUCGCAGCUGAAUACAAUAAGAUAAUCAAAUGCCGUAAUGAUAGAAUCUCGGAGUUAUCGAAAUUGAUUGAGGACCAGGAACAAACUAUAGAAACGCAGAGGCAACAAAUAGGAAAAGAGGAGCACCUGACCCGGGAGGUGGAGGAAGAGAAUACGGUGCUGCGUGAGCGGAUAGACAAGGAGCUGACACCACAGUUAAAUGAUUUGCAACAAAUGGUGGAAGAGCUGAGGAAGGCGAAGGAACUCGCUGAGACGGCUGUCCAGGAAUCUCGCUCCGAAAAAACGGUUUGUCCAAACUGCUCCACCGCGACUCAGCACACCCGCUUCAGGAAUUUAUUAAGUUCAGAAGAUGACGACAGCACUCCUAAUCACAUGAUUGGUGACCACAAAAGUAUUUACCCGCAAAUCGAUGACUUCGCGGCGAUUCUCAAUCAGCGGAAACAGUUGCACAAAGACCUGGAGAGCAUGAAACAAGAGAAGAACCAAUUUUACUACGAUUUGAAGGAGCUCCAACGAGAAAACAACGAUAUGUUGCGACGCAUCAACGAAUUAUCGGAAGAAUUGGUUAACGCAAGAGAACAAGCCGCAUUGCUCCCUCAUAGAGAGAGCAAACUUUCCCAAUUGGAAGAGCGGCUACGGAACACUGAAAAAGAGUGGAGGGAGAAGUGGGAAAAAGUGAAGCAAGAAAAGGAGGAUGCUAUUGAGACUGCAAAGAGUGUAACCGAUAAGCUGGUCAGUUGCGUGGCAAGUUAUCAAUAUGAAAUGGCGAAUUUAAAGAAAGUUCAGUGCAUGCUUGUUGGAUUGUUAAAUCAAAAGGACGCAAUGCUUGCUGUUUUCGAUCAGAAAUUGACGGAUGAAAAUUCGCUGAGCUAUGAUGAAGACACAAACUUGCGACCCUGGCCUCCGGUACAAAACAAGCCAUACCAUCAACAUCGAUAGUUGACCAAAACACAAGCAUCUACGCUAAAGAAACUUGCUUAAUUGUUUUAAUCGUGAAUAAAUUAUACUUUGCCACUUA